GGCGCGGUGCCGUCAUGUCUCCUGAAGAUAAACGGCGGCUACUCGUUAUUUGCGCUGCUGUAUUCUUUCUCUUCCUCCUUUUACUCGUUUUGAGCUAUAUACCAGCUUACUUGUACAUACUUUUUAUCUCUGUCGUUUCUUGUGUCGUUUAUUUUCACAAAGCAGAGGAGUUGCAACUCUUCGAAAGACUAGGCCUUAAUCCCCGACGUGGACUGAGCGUUCCGCCAGCUCUGCUGCGCUGGUUACCGGGCAGUACUUUGAGCGGAGUCACGGCCGCCGGCAGAAACAAGAUUCGUAAAAGUGAUGCGCGUAAUUCCUUCGCGUCACCCAGCGAAAGACAUUUUGUGGGCUUGUAUUAUAGAAGAGACAAUACGCUCAGUGACUCGGUGUUUAGCCCUCGGGAUAUACUCAUGGGAAGUUACCUCGCCAAGGCUGGAGAAAGUCCCUCCGCAGCGGCGAGGCCCGCUGGAGGCUCCGGGACUUUAAUUCACCCCAGAGAUCAGCUCCGGGAGAGACUCGCACGACCGAAUCAUGCCGUGCACACCCCUAACAGAAGGCUGUCAUUCGGGGACCCUGUGGGUGCAGUAAACCGGUUUAACAUCACCCCCCACAGAUAUUACCCCCUUCAGCAGUCUGGGACCUCUCCCAUUGGAGUAAUGCCACCUGCAAAAUGGGAUGAGUUCCGAAAGAAGAACAUCCUCACCCAACGCAAUUCCCCAACCAUUCACAGCCCGGUCACAGUGAAGAUCGCCAAGCCAGACCCCACUCGUUCAUCAUUUUUCAAUCACCUGAACUCCCCUGGGGCUGUCACGUCCCCUGGGAUUGGAGCACAGGCAGACCCCUGCUCCAGAGAGACUGUUCUGAGCGUGCUCAGAGAGAGCAGGAAGAGGGAGGUGGACGAAGAGGACAAGAGUGCUUCCUCUGGGCAGAAGAGCAAAAGGAGGCGUCAUGACAGCAGUGGAAGUUCUCAGUCUGCUUUUGAGCCACUUCUUGCAAAUGGAGCUCUUUCUCAGCUCGUGCCGAAGCCUGGCAAUCUGAAAAGAGGGAUGAAUUCCUCCCUCAUAGAAGAAUCUACUAUGAAGAGAUCUCGUACCUCCUCUAUCAGCUCUGUGAGUGGUACUCCUAUUCCCAGUGGAGUGCCUGGAUCUGUCCGUAAUCCUAUUCGCAGUUCCUAUAGUUCAUCACAGUUUUACCCACAGAGAAGAGAAGCAUCCAGUCUCAGUUUGUCUCCUUUCACAAGCCCUAGAGGAUCUCGCUGCCAGACUCCGGAAAGAGCUGCUAAGAAAGCAAGGGAGGAUGAUGCUACUUCACCAAGGUCCACAUCCUUUACAAAAACUGAUAAGGUGGAAACUGACCCUGCUCCAGCUGCAGCAAAACUCACUCCAAAAUCUGAGGCACCUGUUGCGAUAUCAACAUCUAACUCUGGUGGCAGCGGUGGCAAACGCAAGCGCAAAAUCCAGCUGGUCACCGCAAACAGAGCAGAUCAGAUUUCUUUUCCACCACCACCUGAAUUUGGCUACACCAUCACAGUAAAAGAUUUGGACAUGGAGAAGAAAGCAGCUCUCAGUCAGAUACAGAAGGUUCUGGAGGACCCUGAACCAGAGAUGCCGCCUCCAGUGACUAAACCUGCCCAAGCUCCUGCUCCCUCUCUUACCCUUUUCUCUCAUUCAGCUCCAACCUCCUCAUCUGAAACUGCACCGGCUUCAAGUGCUGCUCCCUCUCUGGUUUCUCUCUCCACACCUAUAUCUGAGACAACACCAGCCACUACUACAACCCCAGCUCUAACCAUUGAUCUCACUGUCACUGCACUCUGCACAGCCAGCACUGCACCCCUGAUUCUUACCUCAGCCCCCUCAAUCACAACCACCCCACCUGCCCCGGCCUCCAGCAUUUCGAACCCUCUGCUGGAGUCUUUGAAAAGCAUGAGGAAUAAUCCGCUUCUCAGUGCUCCUUCUCUACUGGGCACUACAACUGCAGCUCCAGCAGUCUCCGUUGCCUGUUCUUCUUCACCUGCUGCUUCCACAAACCCCAGCAGUGCAGUUGUCAAAUCAGAGUCAGGCCCUCCAGCUCUACAGCCCUCACUCCUUCCAACCCUGUCCUCCAUAUCAACACCUGUCUCUAAGCCAGCCACCUCCAUGCCCUCUGCCUUCGCUCAGAUCCUGGCUCGACCUCUUCAAUCUAGCUCCCCAUCGCUGGGUGGAGUAAGCAGUCAAUUCAGCCUGAUCAAACCUGUGGCCACACCUGCAUCUGAGCCACCUACAUCUAUAACUGCUGCACCUAGUGUUUUGGCAAACAGCAUCAGCAACCCGCUCUCAUCUGGAUUUAAGCCAAUUUUCAGUGCAGCCCCAGCCUCCACGGCGGAAGUCAAACCCACACAGCCCACAUUCAAGCCUUUAUUUGGCAGUACCCUCGGGCAAACAGCCACACCAACAACAUCAACCCCUGCAGCUACACAGAACAGUAGCAUGUUAUUUGGUGGAUUAACUAGUUCUCAUCCAGCUACAGUGUCUGUCACUCCGUCUGCUACCCCUGCGACACAAGCUCCGGCCCCAUCUCUGUUUGGAAGCUGGAAUACAACAACCACAUCUGCUCCUGCCUCAAACACAACGUUCCAUUUUGGAGCCACAUCAACUAUGACAUCUGCCCCUACGUUGAAUACCAGUACCACCAGCGCUGGUGGUACCACUUCUGCUUUUCAGUUUGGUACAGCAAAACCUGCACCCACCGCACAGACACAAAGCACGUUCACAUUUGGCCAGCAGUCCAAAAACCAGAACUCCACCUCCAUGCCAUUUGGUGGGUUUGGGUUGACCAACAGUACCACCACAACAUCGGAGACACCCACAACACAAACUGCUUUUGGAAGCUCUACCUUCACAACAUCAUCCUUCCCUGGGGCCACACAACAGGUCCCUGGUGCUCCAAAACCCUUUACGUUUGGGUCCAGCAAGGGCAACACUGGUGCAGCACCAUUCAACUUUGGAGCAACAACAGCAGCACCUGCAUUUGGUGGAGCGUCGUCUUCCGGCUUCUCUUUUGGAAAUACCACCACCCCUUCAGUGGCUCCUGCUUUUGGGGCCUCUACACAGACUACGGCCCCUCUCGCUGUCCCAGCUCCUGCAUUCAACUUCGGAGGGACCUCGACAGCCAUUCAGAACCCUGCACCAAGCACUCCAGCGCCUCCUGCUUCUGGAGGGUUUAACUUCGGGGCAUCACUGUCUGUAACGGCAUUUGGAACCCCUACACCUGCAGCUCAGACGCCAGGGUUUUCCUUUGGAGCCAACAACACUGACAACAAGCCUGCUUUUGGAACAUCAACUCCUGCUUUUGGCCAGGGAUCUGGAGGUAUGUCAAUGCCAUUCUGCAGUCCUGGAACCCCAGGAUUUGGUGCAAUGGGUGCUUCACCAUUCGGCGCUUCACCAGCCGCCUUCUCCAUUGGAACAGGCUCAAAGGCUCCACGCCGAUUACAAACACGCAGGCAGCACCCAAGGAAGAAGUAAUGUGACUGAUCUGAGACCUGUCCCUUCGACCUAAAUCAUCGUUGUCUGGAAUCCGUUACUACUCCUUCGGCUCUCCCUUCUGCCCCAGUCGCUGCUUGUGCUGCUAGUCCAAACGAGACAAGGCUCUCAGUCAGACUUGUAGGACUAAACUCAACUCUCCAACUCUCCAACCCUCCAGACUGCCAGUGCUGGUCCAAUGUGUAGGAUCAAGGCUCAUGGAGAUUUUAGAGUACUUGGCUGCCCCAUCCCUGCUGUUGGGUGCUGCCACUGAAACUCAUCACAUCCUCGUUAAUGGAGUUGCUAUUGGAACAGGAUGUUUUGUGUUGGGGAAAGAUGCUAAACAGGAGCUGUGUAUUAUACUUGAAGAAAUGAGAAUAGCAGACUUUCAAUCCUGGACUUAAACAAAAAUUGUGGUCCAGGCCUGGUGAAGAAAUUGAUUUUAGUUUUUUUGGUUAGUUGACUAAGUAAUCAGAUGCACGUUAUUUUAGAUCAAGUGGAUUUUUUUUUUUUCUUUAUUUUUCUCGCAGUUACAUUUGUCAUGCUUUUGAUCAGUACUAGAGUUUUCUAAAGAUCCGUUCGUGUAAGCCUUUAAAAGUGAAACCUUUACCUGUUUCAUGUAUGAAAUGAAAAUAUUUUUUUGCCAGAAUGAUUGGAUUGAGGUGCAUAAUAAACAGAAUAAUUUUUCAGCACUUUUUCUGCAUGUUCCUUUAGGAGAAGCACCGGUUAUGGAAAUAUCCUGUCCAUUUUCUGACUUAUUAUAUUUCAUACAUUGGACUUGUCUGUUUAAAACCAAAGCUGAUGUUUCAGUGCUACAUGCUCCCUUUGUAUCAUAAUCUUUGAAAAAGUUUUACUAUAGUCUUUGUUUUUUUGGUUUGUUUAUUUUUUCAGUUUGAAGCCUCAUUUAAAUAACUAACUACACUGAGAGUAAUUCAAAUCGGCACUUAUACAUUGAAGCAAAACCAUUUUAUAACAGUUGCAUCUGCCGUCAGUUUGUAUUUGGCUGUCAGGCUCUCCACACUGUAGCCAUAAUGGUCAAAACCCAUUUAUUUUAUCUUUCCUCCAGUUAUUUAUACUUUUCAUUGCUCUGUGUGCCUUAGUGUGUUUUGCUUCUGGUUACCUUUUAAGAAUGAUGUCGGAUUUGUUCUUGGUGACAUGGAUGCCUGUUCUUUCAUAAUGAUGUGUAAGACUUAUUGUCGAGGAAUAUGAUCUCAUUACUACUUAUUUUUGAUAAUUGACUUGAGAGUUUUGGUCCAAUUUCAAACUGGCCUCCUCACUGUAUAGAAGGGCAUCUUUUGUGAAAAUGUGCAUAUAUGCUUUGAAAAGAAUGUAUAAUUGACUGUGGGUGAUCAACAUCAAGUGCAAAAAAAAAAACUAUACAAAUUAAAAAUUGCCCCCAGAAUUGUGUACAUUUCAGGAGAAUCGAGAAUGCUGCUUUGUGCAUGGUUGAAUGUUACUAUGGUUUAAAAGUUUCAUUCACAAAUUUGGUUUAACCUAGAGGCCUAAAAUGUUAUUUGUAUUUAACAUUUUCUUUAUUUUUUUGUUUGACUAUUUUGCAUGUACAUUGUGUAUGAACCAUUCCUGGCUCUGUGUGAAUCCUAUGGUUUGUGCAUGCUUGUGAUGUGUUUUUAAAAUACCAAGAUCAACCUAUGAUUGAAAUGGCAGAAUGUUAUUAAAAAUGGAGUCAAGAUGUUAUGUUGACCAACGGCACCCUUAGAAUUUAAGUCUUAACAUAUUCUCAGGUCUGUUCAGUGAAAGUAGAAAAGAGCUAUGUCGUAUGAUGAAUUUGGUAAUUUUCAGUUUUCAAUGUGUUAUCAAAAAAACACUGGAUUUAAUUAGUACUACAAUGCACAAGUAUUGAAAGCACAAGUGCCAUUCAUUCUAAACAUGUUUGUUGUAUUUUUUUUUUACCCCCUAAUAUUCUUCUGACCUGGUAAUCACAUUAAUGGACAUAACUGGGGACUGCAAGUAUUUCUACUUUUUUUUAAUAUCUACAAUGAUGUAGCCAUCUGUCCCCAAUGCAUAACAUUCCUUGUGUGGGUCUUAACUUGUGUAUUGCUAUUUUUUUAUUUUUUAAGUUUCCUUGCUCCCAGAAUAAUGGGAAGGUGGCAGAGGACCAGGCAUUUUUAUUAGGAAGUCCUACCAAAUGAAAACAAAAUUUGCGAGACAUGUAGACUGUUGCAAAAUUGAGAUGUGUGGUUAGAUGGGUGCUGGAUUUCUCAAGCUAUGAAUGCUUGAAAGCUGUUGUAUGUGUUUUUGUUGUAAGUGGAUGCUCACAGUUUGUGUAACCCUCAAAGAGUGAAUGGAGUUUUGAAUGUGGCAGCACAUGGAUUGUGUUCCAUGUCUGCUUAAAUGCUCUGAUAAUGACAUGCUGGUUUUGAAUAAAAAUUUAAA